GCAGCCACAGGGGGGUCCGACUCAGCCAUUCAUCUGUAUGACCUCUCCACUCACCAGAGACUGAUGACCUGCAAGGCCAGCUCCACAAGAACAGUUAUGGAUGGACAUUGUUUUCGGGUUUUCGCAGUGACUUUUCACCCAGAGAUGGAGAGAGAAUUCAUCUCUGGGGGUUGGGACAACACCAUACAGUUUUGGGAUACCAGACAGCAGCACUCUGUCAGGAUGCUUUCGGGUCCUCACGUGUGUGGUGACACGCUUCAGAUCGACCCAGCUGUCAAUCACAUCCUGUCUGGCUCCUGGAGGAAGGACAACGCACUCGAGAUCUGGGAUUAUGUCUCAGGUCAGAAAGUGACUGAAGUGCCACAUGACUACCAAGGAGAGAGCAAAAUCUACACAUGCCAUUGGCUUGGCCAGGAUCAUAUCGUGGCCGCUGGGAGCCAAUCAAAUAUGCUGAGAGUCAUCAACCGGUGGACUAUGACGACUGAGUCCAGGUUGCUGGGCCUUUCCUCGGCCGUGUUCGGCUCGUCCGUGUGUCUGGCGGGGAAGUGGACAGGCCUGAUCGCAGCCACUUCUGGGACCAGUGUGUAUCUGCUGGAGCGAGAUGGUCAGCAGCAUUCCAAAAAGCAGGGCCUCUAAGGAGAAAUUAAUUAACAUUCAACGGCACCGUUCGGUUGUCGGUUGCUGUGUGUUUAACUAACGCAGAAUAUUACGUUUUGGUUUACAUGUCCUGAAUGUAAAGAUGUAAACUUGUUUUAGUAAAAAAAAAAUAUAUAAUAAUAAUAAUUCUAAAACUUUUUUUUUUUGGUUACUUAACUCAAAUGUAAUGCAAGAGGUACCAAAUUAUUUAAUGUUGUAUUCAUAUUUGCUAAAGCUCUUCAACAUUCAUAUCCUGCAUGUAAGCAACAGUAUUUUGUUUAGUCUCCCUCUAAACUUACUGUUGUUAAUUCUGCUUUUAUUACUUGAUGUUGAGUUACAGAACUUACACUCUUUUUAUAUAUAAGACAUUGAACUAUGUCUUGUGCAUGUGGAUAUAUUUCAACAAUGCAGUGUGAGUACGGACACAUGAGAGCAGACUUUUGUGAAAGAAUGUUGACUGCCAAAGUGCGUGAGUCCUGUUGCUCCAGUCAUUGGCUCACAAGACUAGACAACUAUAGGACUUAAGUCCAAAGUUAACUAACUUUAGGGAGUGUUUGCAAACUAGCAGGCUUCAACGUUUCAUAAGAGGGCAUCCAAGGGAUCUGUAAAAUGUGUGUGUGAGCAGGAGAUUAGACAAAGAACAAUGGAAUUUUA